UCAGAAGACAUACAAGCUGGGCUCUGUGUCUGCUAAUAUGACUGACACUAUUCAUUGUCCCCACACUGAACACUACUAGUAGGUGUCUGGGAAGAAAACUUUCAUCAUUGUAAAGUUCUCACUAGACAUGGCUGAAAUCAGUGAAGUGCCAGGACAGUAUGAGAAUGCCGGGGGAACACAGAAUGGAGACGAGGAGCCAGAGUCUGAAAGGUGCAAGAUGUUGAGAAAGCUCAUUCACUAUAAGCUAUACAGGACACGGUGGUAUUUCCUCGCAGUGGUGUGCCUGAUCAACGCUUCUAAUGCAAUGAUUUGGAUCACCUUUGCUCCAGUGGCUGAUUUAUCUGCGAGCUUCUUUAACUGUUCUCUGGAUACUAUUAACUAUCUUUCCCUUGUCUACCUCAUUGUAUCAAUACCAACUGGUUUUUUUGCUUCAUGGCUCCUGGACACUCUGGGAUUGAAAUAUGCCGUGAUUCUCAGCUCUUGGUUGAACAUGUUGGGUAGUAUAAUACGCUGUCUAAGUUUGGUAUCAUUCAUGAAUAUAAAGUGGAGUCCUUUGAUUUAUUUAUUUUUGGGCCAGAGUGUUUGUGCAAUGGCACAGCCACUUGUCCUAUUUGUACCUGCCAAACUUGCUGCUGUGUGGUUCCCAGAGCACCAGCGAGCUACAGCAAAUAUGGUUGCUUCCAUGUCAAAUCCAUUUGGCAUAUUUUUAGCAAACGUAUUGUCACCAGUAAUUGCUACUGAAGUUCAUUAUAUCCCAAUAGUAAUUGGAGUCUAUGGCAUAUCUGCUGUACUGGCCUGCUUAUUAGCAACAGCAGGAAUUUCUGCUAAAGCUCCUCCAACACCACCAUCAGCCAGUGCACUACAUUCCACUUCUGAACCAUUCUUUGCUGGUUUAAAACAGCUCUUGAAAAAUAAAGCUUACAUUAUCCUAAUGAUUUCCUUUGGAUCUGGCUUGGGGAUCUUUACAGCAUUUUCCUCAUUCUUGGAACAAAUACUGUGCUUCAGAGGAUAUCCAAAUUAUAUAUCCGGCUUGUGUGGAGCUCUGUUCAUCCUUGCGGGGGCUAUUGGAGCUCUGAUAUUUGGCAUUUAUGUUGACCGGACCAAGAAGUUUAUCGAAGUUGUCAAAAUAUGUUUUGCUUUGACAGCAGUGUCGUUAUCAGCAUUUGCUGUGAUGUCAAAUUUCAGGAACCAGCCUGUUCUGUUGGCAGUCAUAUGUUCUGUGCUUGGCUUUUUUUGUUUUGGACAAUAUCCCAUUGCAAUGGAGCUAGCAGUGGAGUGCUCCUACCCAGUUGGAGAAGGAAGUUCUACGGGUUUGGCUUUUAUUUCUGGUCAGGUCCAGGGAUUAAUCUUCAUGGUGCUGCUUCAGAUGCUUGCCAAGCCCUACGCUGCUCCUCCGCUAUCUUCAUGUGGCGUGAAUCAGAUAGAAAUAUAUGACUGGUCAAUUUCAACUUUAGUAAUGGCUGGUUUAUGCAGCAUCGGCGCUUGCCUGGUGAUCAUCUUUUUUCAUACAGACUACAAAAGAUUAGCAGCAGAAGCAAAUGCCGAGGAAAGUGUUAUCAACAUAAAUGAUGGCAAUGAACCACAGAGGUAAUAUAGGCUGCAAAGUUAUGAACCGAAGACCAAACAGACAAU